GCAUGCGUGAGUAAAAUGUUGGCAGGCAUUAGCUCACCGCUUCUAGUCACCUUUUAGCAGCGCGAACAAAUGUUUUCCCAGUUUAAAGAGGCGCUGCUUCGGGGACAGCUGCUGGGGGCUGCUGCUCCUCUUCUCUCAGAACUUCAGGGCCAAACUAGAUCCCUUCCUCUGCAUUUCUAGGACUCCCAGCGCGCGGGGAAUAAUGUGGCUUUGCUAAAGUUUGUGUUUACUGAUGUUGCGGUGGCUAACUGGUUAGCUUGGUUAGCUUGUUAGCGCGAACGUUGCGAGCGUUUCAGAAGUGACUCCAGCAGCCGCGCUAGCUGGAAUAUAAGUUUGUUUAUGACGCAGACACGGUUCGUUGUUUGAGUUUAGGAAAGACUGAAACUGUCUGGGGAAAUCUUCACUGGAUCCCUGCGGUACAGACCCGGAUGUUAAACCAGGCUCGGAGCGGUCUACCUGCCACCUGCCUCCAUCCGUUCCGGACCUAGUUCGUCGCCCCGGUCCGCGAUGAGCCGCCUGCUCAUCCAGUAAGGAUCCGUAGAAAAAGAGGGAGAGCAGAGCUCCGGCCAUGGGGGGAUGUGUGGGGAGAUACUUGGACGACUCGCAGAAUCGAGGCUCGUCCAGGAACGGGGGACGAGGAGGACGCAACGAGCCGUUGAAAAAAGACCGCCCCAAGUGGAAGAGCGACUACCCGAUGACUGAGGGCCAGCUGCGCAGCAAGCGAGACGAGUUCUGGGACACGGCGCCGGCCUUCGAGGGCCGGAAGGAGAUCUGGGACGCCCUGAAAGCGGCCGCUGUGGCCCUGGAGUGCAAUGACCACGAGCUGGCCCAGGCUAUAGUGGACGGGGCUAGCAUCACACUGCCGCACGGGACUCUGACCGAAUGUUAUGAUGAGCUGGGGAACCGCUACCAGCUUCCCGUCUACUGCCUAGCGCCCCCCGUCAACCUCAUCUCAGAGUGCAGCGAUGAGGACCCCAGUGACAGCCCUCAGCCCCCAGCAGCUUCCAAAAAGGAGUUCCAGCUCAAGGUGCGGCUCUCCACAGGGAAUGACGUGCGGCUCAGCGCCAGCAUGGCCGACACCAUCGGGCAGCUGAAGAAGCAGCUCCAGACCCAGGAGGACAUCGACGUGCUCCACCAGCGCUGGUUCUUCUCCGGAAAGCUGCUGACAGACAAGACGCGGCUGCAGGACACCAAGAUCCAGAAGGACUUCAUCAUUCAGGUCAUCGUGAACGCGCAGGCGCUAGGAGGGCCCAAGCCGGCACCCACUGCCCCCGCAACGGCGUCCGAGUGACGGCGUCCGAGUGACGGCGUCCUCCUGCAGAGAAACUGAAUUUUAGACUCGAAACGAAAAAGAAAAGAGGGAAUAAAUGAAAAGUGCUGCUUAAUUUCAUUUAACGUAGAAACUGGGUUUUUAUUCACUCUGGAGGAAGAAAGUCUAAGAUGGUUGCCAUGUUUUUAGCUCCUCAUGCUGGUUUCUGCUUCACUGAGAGGAUGAAAGGCCCAGAUCGAGGGGGGUUUAUGCUGGACGUGAAGCGAGUCUUGUCUCCGACACUUUGAUGGAGCAGAUGAUGCAAGUUUUUUUUUUUUUAUUAUUCUUUUACUUAGGAAAUACUAACUGAGCUGUUUUGCACAAUGAAGGGUUCUUCCUCUUCUUCUGCAGUUGAUUGUGUGCCUUCUACCAGAUAAAGAGAUUCGCCUUCGUCGGCUCAAACCCGGUGUAUUUUUCUAGAUUCAAAUCCACCAUCAGUCACUGCUGCCUUUUAUUAUGCUGUCUUUUAAUAUCCAUUUCACCUUCUUGAGGGUUUCUUAGAGCUGCCUUACUGCUUAAUGACCACUAGGUGGAGCCACACUGCCCUUUUUCACGCAGUCGUUUUCCCGUCCCUCCGGCUGAUGAUUGUAGUUACCGGUCAGCCCGUUAAUCACCAGCAAACCGAGGAGCGGCUGUGGAGCUGUGAUCCGACAUCCAGAUUCUGGGCUUUAUUUGAAUGAAUGCUGCAGAACCUGCCCCCACCCCUAGAGGGAGCAGCUUCUUUUAAUGUUUUAGCAUUGAAAUGAUGAGUUUAGAAUCAUUUUCAUGAUCUGAUCAGACACUCAGCAAGGUCUAUUACUACCAACACUGAUUUGCUAAUGAUGACCUGUUUUCUUUAACAGGAUUUACUCAUAAUAUCAAAGAAAAUAAUGCUGUCGGUUAAAGGAAAACAAACCAUCCCUGACUCAUUUCUUUAAAGUUUAGCUUCCUCGGCUUUGCCACUGAGGCGUUGCUGUGGAUGCAGACGGUCGUCCCUGUAAACAGUCAGUCUGGCUCUCAACCCAUGUUUGCCUUUUAAUGCCAGAUGGAAAUGCUAGAGGCUUGAACCAAGUUUUCUACAGCUUUUAGAAACCCUUUAAUUUGAUCUGAAACAGUUUCCCACCAAACGCUAAAACAUGAAUUGAACUUUUUAUUUUUCCUGUAAAAUGUUAGUGUUGGAACCUUCCUGUUUUCACUAUACAUCCUUACAGGUCAGAUUGUUUUCAGCCAGAUGCUCCUAAAAGCAUCUGAGCAUCUAAAAACCUCUGAUAAGUAGUCAGACUGUGUUUGUUUUUGUUUUUUUCCUUCAGUCGAUCUUUUAUUCACAUGUUGUGGGAUUUCUUCAUUUGCAGGAAAAGAUGCGACUCUUAAGCGUUUGGUUUCCAGUCCGUGGCAGACCAGGUCUCUGAUGAACCUUUAAUCCCAUGUCAGAGAUAGGACCCAGUUAAAUCCAGCUCCAUGGAGCGCCCCACCCCCACUUGUUGCUGGCAGAGCCAUGUUUAUCACUGUGAAGUAAUCACCAUACCGACCCAUUCACAGAAUCGUAACCAGAGGGAAAUCUUCAGGGAAUAAAUAACUCAAAGAAGGGCUUGAUGUUUUUUGUUUUCUUCCACUCUCCGCUCCCGUUGCUCAGGCCUCCCGCUGUAACGCCACAGUGGCGCUAAAGCUGCUCCACUCGGUAUUUAGGAUGCUGCAGACUUGAACAGCCCCCCCCUAACAGGUGCAAUAUGACAGGCCUUGUAUUGUUUUUGUUUCUGCUGAGGAGCAGCUGAGUUGUGUGAAAGUAGAGCCCAGACUGUGAUCAUUAUCAUCAUGCGUGCGUCAGAUAAUCAGCAGCGUCAGAUAAACCUUGGCUUAGCAGCGAGUCCCGCCCGCCUCAGCUGUGAAGCCCGACAUCUCUCAGGUUCAGGAGGAGGGACAUUUAUCUUUGCUGAAUUGAGCCCUGAGCAGAUGUUGUUCUUCUUUAUCUGCAUACUUUCCUUUAGUCUUUUAUAAAUUAAGCUUAAAGAGAUUUAGAGAAACACAAUUGAACAGAUUUGAAUACAGAGUUGAUGAUUUAUCCAUUGCAUUCUGGGAGAUUUUAACCUAAAGCAAGCCGACUGAUUUUUGACUCUUGAUGGUUAAGAACCCAAAUAAAACAACCAGAUUAGAGUGAUCGCAUUAAAUCUCUUAGGAAAGAAAAUGUGAAAAUUAAAGCUGUAAACCUUUAUUCUAAAUACGAACGGAUAAAUUAUCAAUAAAGCCCCUAAUUUCCUGUUUAAACAGGAAGUAUAAACGCUCCACGGCUGCCUUAAUGUAGAGGAACCUUAUCUGCUCAUCGCCAUCAGGGAAAAAAACGUACAAAAUAAAUGAUAGAGGGAAUACAUUUAGAGGGUCUUCAAAUUAA